AUGGCGACUAUGAAGGCAAUUGACAUCAAGGGCGGCAAGGGCGAGCGCGAUGCGCUCUUCAUGAACGCCGAGACGCCACGGCCGACGCCGGGUGAGGGCCAGGCGCUCGUCAAGAUCAAGGCCUUCGGCAUCAACCGCAUGGACAUCAUCCAGCGGCGCGGCAACUACCCGCUGCCGCCGCAGGCGCCCAAGACGCUGGGCGUCGAGUUCAGCGGCGUCGUCGAGGCCUUCGGCCCGGGCGAGCACGGCGUCUUCAAGCAGGGCGACGAGGUGCUCGGGCUGGCCUACGGCGGCGCCUACGCCGAGUACAUCGCCGUCAGCUCCAAGAUGCUCAUCCACAAGCCCCACGCCCUGAGCUGGGAGCAGGCCGCCGCCGUGCCCGAGACGUGGAUCACCGCCACCCAGGCCCUGCACAAGGUGCUCGGCUUCGCGCGCGGCAAGUCCAUCCUCUGGCACGCCGGCGCCUCGGGCGUCUCCAUCGCCGGCAUCCAGCUGUCCCGCCUGGCCGGCGCGUCCGCCAUCUACGCCACCGCCGGCACCGACGACAAGUGCCGCUUCAUCACCGACACGCUCGGCGCCACCGCCGCCUUCAACUACAAGACGGGCAACUGGGCCGACGGCGUCAAGGAGGCCACCGGCGGAAGGGGCGUCGACUUCAUCGUCGACUUCGUCGGCGGCAGCUACUUCCAGCAGAACCAGGACGCCGCCGCGCGCGACUGCCGCAUCGUCCUGCUGGGCACCCUCGGCGGCGGCAAGGUGCCCGACGCCGACAUCUCGCAGAUCCUCUUCAAGCGCAUCCGCAUCGAGGGCUCCACGCUGCGCAGCCGCGACGAGGACUACCAGGGCGAGCUGCGAGACAAGCUCGAGACGUACCUCCCCGACUUUGAGUCUGGCAAGCUCAAGAUCAUCCUCGACAGGGUGCUGCCGUGGGACCAGAUCCAGGAGGCGCACAAGUACAUGGAGGACGCCAAGAACUCGGGCAAGAUUGUCUGCACCGUUUCCUGA